CCUCCUCCCUCCCUCAGCUCUCAGUCCUCCACUCUCUCCCUCGCGCCGUGUCCCCACUCUCUCGGUUCAGUCAUGGAUCUCGCCGCGAGCUGCGUGCUGCUGCUGCUCUCCGCCCUUCGCGUGCUGCUCAGCCUCGAGCUGGACGCGCUCGAGCCCACUUACUACGAGGAGCCGCCGGAUGCCAUCGACUACAAAGACCCGUGCAAAGCCGUGGCCUAUUGGGGGGACAUAGCGCUGGAUGAUGAAGACAUGCGAAUGUUUAAAGUGGACCGCAUCGUGGAUGUGGUCCAGAGAACCGUCACAAACCUCAAUCAGACAGACACAGGUUUGUCUGCCAAUGAGACGAGUCCAAACACUGCGGUAUCCAAUCGGCAGGGCUCCCGUCGCAGAAAGAGGGCGGCGACGUCCAGGCCUGAGAGGGUGUGGCCUGAGGGAGUCAUCCCUUAUGUCAUAAGUGGGAACUUUAGUGGUAGUCAGCGGGCCAUAUUCAGACAGGCUAUGAGACACUGGGAAAAACACACGUGUGUGACCUUCAUCGAGAGAACCACAGAGGAGAGUUACAUCGUCUUCACCUACCGGCCGUGUGGGUGUUGUUCAUACGUGGGCCGCAGGGGCGGGGGGCCCCAGGCCAUAUCCAUUGGGAAAAACUGUGACAAGUUUGGAAUCGUGGUGCAUGAGCUCGGUCAUGUGAUUGGAUUCUGGCACGAGCACACACGGCCCGAUCGAGACGACCAUGUGAGCAUCAUACGGGACAACAUCCAGCCAGGACAGGAGUACAACUUCUUGAAGAUGGAGCCUGGCGAAGUGGACUCUCUUGGGGAAGUCUAUGACUUUGACAGCAUUAUGCACUAUGCCAGAAAUACAUUUUCCAGAGGGAUAUUCCUGGACACCAUCCUACCACGGUACGACAUAAAUGGAGUCCGUCCACCCAUCGGCCAGAGGACAAGGCUGAGCAAAGGAGACAUCGCACAGGCACGCAAACUUUACAAGUGUCCAAGAUGUGGAGACAGUCUGCAAGAAAGCAGCGGUAACUUCUCCUCCCCCGGCUUCCCUAAUGGCUACUCAGCGUAUAUGCACUGUAUCUGGAGAAUCUCAGUAACGCCAGGCGAAAAGAUCAUUCUGAACUUUACCUCUAUGGACCUCUAUCGGAGCCAUCUGUGCUGGUACGACCAUGUGGAGAUCAGAGAUGGAUAUUGGAGGAAAGCUCCACUGAAAGGUCGAUUCUGUGGAGAUAAGCUUCCUGAGCCAAUCAUAUCAACAGACAGCCGUUUGUGGAUUGAGUUCCGCAGUAGCAGCAACUGGGUGGGCAAAGGCUUCUCUGCUGUCUAUGAAGCUAUCUGCGGUGGUGAAGUGAAGAAGGAUAAUGGGCAGAUCCAGUCUCCAAACUACCCAGAUGACUACAGACCCAAUAAAGUCUGUGUAUGGAAGAUUACUGUUGCUCAGGGAUACCAUGUAGGCCUCAUGUUCCAGUCCUUUGAGAUUGAGAGGCACGACAGCUGUGCUUAUGACUAUCUGGAAGUUCGGGACGGGAAUUCAGAGACUAGCCCCCUGCUGGGCCGCUUCUGUGGCUAUGACAAGCCUGACGACAUCAAGACCAGCUCAAACCAGCUGUGGAUGAAGUUUGUGUCCGAUGGCUCUGUCAACAAGGCCGGCUUUGCUGCUAACUUCUUCAAAGAGAUGGACGAGUGUUCCAGGCCUGACAACGGUCGCUGUGAGCAACGCUGUGUCAACACACUAGGCAGUUACAAGUGUGCCUGUGACCCAGGCUAUGAGCUGGCCGCUGACAAACGAAGCUGUGAGGCUGCCUGCGGUGGCUUCAUCACCAAGCUGAACGGCUCGAUCACCAGCCCCGGCUGGCCCCGGGAGUAUCCGCCCAACAAGAACUGCAUCUGGCAGCUGGUGGCCCCGACGCAGUACCGCAUCACACUGCUCUUCGAUGUCUUUGAGACCGAGGGCAACGAUGUAUGUAAAUAUGACUUUGUGGAGGUCAGGAGUGGACUCUCUGCGGACUCCAGGCUACAUGGGAAGUUCUGUGGUGCUGAGAAGCCAGAAGCCAUUACCUCUCAAUACAAUAACAUGCGCAUCGAGUUCAAAUCAGACAACACUGUCUCCAAGAAGGGCUUCAAGGCCCAGUUCUUUUCAGAUAAGGACGAGUGCUCGAAGGAGAACGGCGGCUGCCAGCAUGAGUGCGUGAACACUUUCGGCAGCUACAGCUGCCAGUGCAGAAGCGGCUUUGUGCUACAUGAGAAUAAACAUGACUGCAAAGAAGCCGGCUGUGAUCACACGGUGAACAGUGUGAGUGGGACCAUUACCAGCCCCAACUGGCCUGAUAAAUACCCCAGUAAGAAGGCCUGCACCUGGGCCCUCUCCACCACUCCGGGACAUCGCAUCAAAAUUGCUUUCAAUGAAAUCGACAUGGAGCCUCAUUUAGAGUGUGCCUACGACCACAUUGAGAUCUAUGACGGACGGGACGGGAAAGCUCCCAGCCUGGGACGCUACUGCGGGUCCAAGAAGCCUCCUCCGGUCACGUCCAGCGGCAACAAGAUGUUCAUUCGCUUCUUCUCUGACAACUCCGUGCAGAAGAAGGGAUUUGAGGCCUCUCAUACUGCAGAAUGCGGAGGAAGGCUAAAGGCAGAGGUGAAGACCAAAGACCUCUACUCGCAUGCUCAGUUCGGAGACAACAACUACCCUGGGGCAUCGGACUGUCAGUGGGUGAUCUCAGCUGAGAAAGGCUAUGGUGUUGAGCUCAUCUUCCAGACAUUCGAGAUCGAGGAGGAAGCAGACUGUGGCUACGACUACAUGGAGCUGUUCGACGGAGCUGACACCAAGUCCCCAAGACUGGGCCGCUACUGUGGAUCAGGGCCCCCUGAGGAGAUCUACUCGGCCGGCGACUCCAUCGUCAUCAAGUUCCGUUCAGACGACACCAUCAACAAGAAGGGAUUCCACGUUCGCUACACCAGCACCAAGUUUCAGGACACUCUCCACUCACGUAAGAAGUGACCCCUAGUGGCCGGGAGGGGCCGAGCAGGGCCAAGGGGGAGGAACAGGGGCCCCAAGGGAAGGGCCCUGUCCGACGCUCGGAGCCCCCCGGCCGCCAAGACCACCCAGACUCAACGGACCAGCCGCAAGAACGCCAACCGCACCUCAGUAGUUCCCAGGGGCUCUGGCGCCCCCUACUGACUGUGAGGAGUAAAGCCAUUCCGCAGUAGACCUUGUUUUUACCUUUUUUAUGAUUAUGGUGGGGUAUGAUGGGGUGGGUUUGGGGUAGGAGGAAGGGAAUGUAUCCAGAUUAGAUGGAUAUUAUGGAGUAUUGGGGGUGGGGGCACGGGUAGAGGAGUAUAGAUCAUAUUCUGAUCACCAUUGGAUUCUAUUUUUUUUUUUUUUUUUAAAUGAGCCGAAAACGCGAUUGAAGCAAACACAAACACACACGCACACACACUCAGAGGGCCCUCAGGAUCUCUACCAGGACAGUGAAGCGGUCAGCUCAUACUGAGCCACAUAGCCACAACACAUCAUAAACACAGACUGAGACAGGCAAAAAGAACGGAUGGAAGAAUUGAUGGAAGGAUCAAGGGAUGGAUCAACUUUUUCCCCGGUGCAUUUUGGGAAAUCUCCAUCUUUUUCUCCUUUUUACGCCGUUCCUCAUCCACACACAGUUGUACCCGGCUGGUUCCAUAUCUUCUGCUACUUGAGUUAAUUGACACUGUAUGUCAGAAAGAUGCAUGUAAUAACAGAUAUCAGGACAAAAUGAAAAACAAACAAAAAAAAAAAACAACACCAGCUGCACCAGCAUUUGUAAUUUCUCAUUAUUUUGUUACUUCUUUUUCUUUCUUGGUUAGCCAUCCAGGAAGUUCCCUUUCAUAUUACCGUAAUCGAGGAAAAUUAAAAGAAGCAGUUAUCGUAUUAAAAGACUAAUAAACGAAAUGUGGCCCAUGUCUGCUGGCUGUUAAUUGCUUUUCCAUAAAAGAAAAGAAAAGAAAUCAGUGCCCGGAAAUGUAUUUAAUUAUUAUGACCUUCAACAUACAUCUUCCCCAAGCUUCUGUUAAUGUGUCCCCAAUUCGCACCGGUAAUUCAAUCUGCUGUGGGUAAGUGCUUUUCCCUAUUGAGAGCAAAUUAUGUCCCCUUAGCUGAGAUUCAGUGGGACUAAUUUCUUGAACUGUCUUCUCUCGUCCUCACAUGGUACCCCGGUCUCUCUUUCUCAUUACUUUCCUCAGUUUUUUCUGUUUCUUCUACUUUUGUCUUUGCAAAAUGGUAGUGCUUUUCUUAACUUUUCUACAUUUGUUUGUCCUGAUUCAUCCCUUCCAUCCCUCACGUCGCCAUGCGAACACCUCACAUAACCUGGGCAUACCUCACACCAGCAGUUUCAAAGCUCUCAGUGAAGCUAAGCUGUCUUGAUGUCUUCAAAUGUACAGUAAGAAUUGUCUGGGUGAAAAAAGGGUGUAGGUGUGAAUAUAUAUGUAUAUUUUUUAAGUCCACAGUUGCCUUUUGAAGAUCUCUUCAUUAAUACCUCAGGCUUUUGGUGGUGGUUGUCCCUUAUUCACUGCAGCCAAAACCACUAUGGUUCCCAAUGGUGAGCCUAGAAGUACACCUCACUUCAUCAAGUAGAAGAGGAGAUAUUGGAUUGUGAUUUGAAUUUGAUGGAAAGUCAUUGUGUAUAGUCUUGUUUAAUGGAAAGAUAAGCUAUCCCAACGUCAAAACAAAUGAAAAAAGUCGCAGUUGCACAAGCGUGAGCCAGAGUGUAAAGUGACUUUAAAUGUAAUUAUUUGCGUAACAUACUAUGUAAUUAUGUAGUUAUGCAAUUACAUUUAAAUAGUAUACAAAAAUGUAAGCAAUAGCGUAGUGCUCAACUUCUGCAAGAUAAGCAGAUUGGGUCAAGUUUGUAAGAAAAAAACACCAAAAUAUUAUACUGUCAUGCCAAAACCUCAUAACUCUGAACACCACUUGCCAGCUGCCUUUACGUUGAAUGAACAUUCCAUGGUGAACGAACCAAUAGAAAGGGUCCAAAAUUACUUGAAAGAGUAAAAUCUUGUUAUAAUAACGUAUUAAAGUCUUUCCUCUCCAUCUCCAUUUCAGGGAUAUGAGGUUUUGUUACAGUGACUGUAUACAGGGCAGGAGGACUCCAGGAGCAGGUUAGGGACCAUUGCGAAAAAGACUUGAGACUGAUUAGUGACAAAGGGGAACCUCGACCACUGCAGUACCUCAGAGAGAGUAGGAGAAAGGCUGAAUGGUGCUUUUGGAAAAACUCAUUCAUCACCUGGUUUUUAUUUUAGAACUUAUUCUGCAUUUCUUGUCUGUUUUAUCCCCUUUUCCUCUAGUCAAAAUCAUCUCUCCAUUCAUAAAGCCACAAGCAAUGGCAUAGUGUUUUCAAUUAAAAGAGUCAGUAAUCAGUUGAUUUACUUGAGAGGCCUCAGAGCAGCGUCUCAAUGAGCAGCGUGGCUAUCAUGUUAAAUCAUCUUGGUGUGCUUUUCUGCGUGUAUCAUAAAAAGACAGUUUAAGGCAGGUAUAUAGAGCCUGUAAACAACAACAUUCAGUGUAUAGUAACUGCAUAAACUGCACAGUAGCUGAUUGGAUGUGAGCCCAUUAUGACACCAUCUUAUUUUAUUUAAUUAUGUUUUAGUUUAUUAUUGCAAACAUUUAAUAAAUGAUCAUUGUAGUCAGUUUCACCGUAGCCUUUUUAAACAUGGUACUGCUGUUUUGCCUGCACUUUUUCUUUUCAAACUUGUUUGCAAAACUAAAUAUCGUGAUGCAUAUUGUUUGUCGUGAAAGUAUCAUGAUAUCUUUAUGCUAUAUCACCCACCCUUAACACAGCAUGCAUUUCUGAGGUCAGCUGUGAAAUGUGAAAUUUCAGGCAUGGCUGGGUCAUUCUCACCACAUCAAAACAUCUAUAGAUAUUUGAGUGUCAUAAUCAUCAGACAAAAAAUACUUACAUAAUUUAGCAGAUGAGUGGCAGCUGUAUAUGGUCCAGCAACAAGCUGAAGUAUACAUUUUUCUAUAUUAAAGUUUUUUUGGCAUUUUUUUUUUUACCCCAGUUUUCAUCACUGCAAUGCACCCACGUAUCUGUUUCUUGUUACUGAUAUAUAUCAUUUAUUUUGAAUUUUUUUUUAUUCAUAAAAUGUGUUACUUACUGUAUUUUAACUGGUUAAGCUCUACUUUUCCUUGUACACUAAAAGAUGUGAACCAAAACAGCAGAAUAAUAUGUGGUUAAAAAAAAAAACGAAAGCUGUCAGUAUGUUGCGAUGAUGAGAUAAAAUUGCAAAAUGCUAUAUGUUUGAAAAAAGUAUGCAUUUUAAUAAUUAGCUUAAAAAUACUUUGACAUCAGUUCACAUAUUUAAAAAAAAAGUUGGGAUUUAUUUUCAAACGGAAAUGAGAAUUCGGUCAUUAUAAUGAGAAAACGUUACUAAAAUCAAUUUGAAUUGAUUUUUUUUAAAUGAUUCAACAUUGUUUUAGCCAUUUCCAUUUUUUUGAGUUGGGUCCCAAUAUUAGUCAUAUUUGUGAGAGUAACCCAGCUGUUGCAUGAUUCUAGGCCUACUGCAAUAUUGAACCCCCCCUAGCACUGCAUUAUUUAGUUUUUUUAAUGAUCUGACACAACAGAGCCCUAUAAUUAGCCAAUAAUUAUGCCCCAAUACACUGAAUUAUGCUCAUUAGAGUGAGGAAAAUAAAAAAUUCUGAUGCAGGUAGGCCUCCUCUAGACCAGUGGUCUCCAACUCCUGGAGAGCUACUUACCUGCAGAGUUUAGUUCCAACCUCUGUUUAACAUGCCGCCCCUCCGCUUACCUAACAGUAAUGCAUUUGAUCCAGCCUAUUUAGGAAGUUAAUUAGCCGGAGCUGGUGUGGUUGGAAGUAGACACUGCAGGACCAGGGUUGAGACCACUGCUCUAGAUUCCUUGUCGCUGUUUACACCUUUCUCUAUAUUGAUUCGUAUGUCGGGCGGCCUCGCGACAAAUGUUGCUUGCUAUCCUCCCAUAAUGGUAGAGGUUGUACCAACUGUUCUUUUCCUCCCUUUGCUCAUUCCAGUCUUGUGUUUUUCCCCCCAGUCAUCCAAUCUCACUGUAAUUUGUCCAAGUCCUUUUUCAGAAACAGGAGCUGAUUACAAGCUCUGUCAGACGAGUGGAAAGUGAGGCUGUGUGUGUGUGUGUGUGUGUGUGUGUGUGUGUGUGGUCCUUGAAGGUAUACAUGGCCCGCCUGAUUGGUCUGAAGCAUUCCUCCUCAGAUCUGGCUCGAGAAUCAGCCACUCCCUGAAUUAUUUACCAGCCGUCACCUCGUUCCCUCUUGCAGAAAUCUUUAGAAGGCAACUGGCUUUUACUUUCAUCUCAUGCUAUGAUCUUAUUUCCCUCUGUCUCUUUGGAACUCCUUUUAGUCUCAGGUUCAGGGCAUUGCUUUAUUCUCCCUCCGACUCACUUCUUCUCACUUUGGGACUUGCUCAGUUCUAUUGACGUGACAGCCACUCUCGGGCUGCGAGCUGGUGCAACGUUUGAAUGAAGUUAAAGGCAUUUCAAAGGGGAGUCGUACGCUAUGAAUAAUAAUGUUUUUUUUCUUUCUUUUUAAAGUAGGAAAUUCAAUUAAACGCUUCUUCCCUUAACUUGACCCCUGUGUGCAACAGCGUUUUUCAGCUGUUUGCACCUUGCUUUAGUACCGAUACAGCAUUGGCUCACUAAACUUCAAGCAACAGUCUGAUGCACACUGACUACCAAAUAGGUUUUCUCUUGAUGAGACCUUUCGAGUCAACUUGAUACGUUUGUCUUAAAAUUGUGUUUUAUUGUAGCCUUUUUUUUUUUUCUGUUUAUUUUUAACGGUGGAGCACUUGAACGUUUUUGCUAAUCAGAGCAGGUCCACCUUAACCUUGUGGCUUCGGUAGAAUAUUAGUGUUUCUAAUGCCUCUUGAUUUGUAGAUAACUCAUACGAUGAUGCAAACAGAUGUGUUGUAGGUAGUACUUAAUCCAAUGAGGAAGAGUAAGAUACAUUUAUCUACUUUAAUAUGUGUGUGGUUGUGUAUGGUUGAUCUAGUCACCCUAAUUGAUCAACGUCACUUAUCGAAUAUGGGAAAUGUUUAUGCCUUUCAUCGUAUGUAUGUAUGUAAAUAUGUUUUAAUUGUUGUAUUCCGAGCACACUAAACCAUAAUAACCUGUUGAGAAAUACGGCUAUGUGUAAUUGCAAACAGAAGAUGCAAUUUAUUUAUAUUGUAUAGCUGAUUAUUGCUGAUGUAUUGCACAUAGUAUUAACAAGUGCAUCUAUUUCAUAAAAUGUUAUUUUCAUUUUAAAA